AUGUUUAUCAUCUUGUGAAGAAUUAGAUUCUAUGCAAAGUAUUAUCGUAGCCAAUACAUGGACUGAUAAAAUUGAUUAUGAAUUUGCCACAGAUUCUAAGGCUUUUACUUUAGGUGAUAGAAUACCUAUACAUAUGACCUUAAUACCUUUAGAAAAAAAAUUAUCGAUCGUUCAAUUUAAUUGUAAAUUAAUGGAACAUAUUACUUAUCAAAUUGGAACUCAAGUUAAAGAAGAAAAUCGAAUCGUUCGUCAAUAUCAUGACAUGAAAAUUGAUUUCAAUCAAAUUUGGAAUAAAACUUUUGAAUUCAUUUUACCUGAUACAAUAUCUUCAUGUCAUUAUGAUUCUCAAAACGAAAUUAUCAAAAUACAACAUAAAUUGAAAUUUAGUGUCAUAUUUAAUAAUAGCGGUGAUGAGAAAGAUAAGAAUAAUUUAGAAAUAAAAGCUACCCUGCCAAUUAUAAUCACUCCAUUUUCUUCUAAUAAUGAUGGUAUGAUGUUACCUGCAUAUAGAGAACAUUAUCUUGAUCAACCUUAUGUUGAAGACUUAUCAUUAUUUGAUGAAUCAAAAUUAAAUUCCUUACCUUCUUAUCGAAGUAUAACUUCUUCUAUACCUGCUCCUCUUGCAGAUUCAUCAUUACCCCCUAUUUAUAAUGACUAUGUUAUAUGA